GGCUGUCAAACUCCAUUGCGAACAAUUCGUUUCCCCCUUACUAAUUAUAUUUGCAUAAGAAGGAAGGAGGCAAUCAUAUGAUUUACAAUUAUUAUUUUGUCAUUCCUUCUGUGUAAUGCCUUGUUCUUAGUUCUUAGACUACUAUUAUUGUCGUAUGUAUUGUUACGUUGUUAUCUUUGACAAAUGUCAAAGUCAAAGAAUCGUGUCAAUAUCGAAUGAAAUGAUAAGGAAUCACGUGUUUAUUGUUUUUACAUUGUCUUGCAUAUUACGUUUUUUUUAUUAAUUGUUGUAUUUAGUGAUUGAAGUGUAUAUGUUAGUAGCUAUUAGUUAUGUCUUACGACUGGUAUAACUUAUUAGGUCGACCGCGUUUUGUGGUUGCACCAAUGGUAGAUGCUAGUGAACUUGCGUGGCGUCUUCUCUGUCGCAGACAUGGUGCUCACUUGUGUUAUACACCAAUGUUCCACAGCAAUGUUUUUACUAAAGAUCCUAAAUACCGAAAAGAUAGUUUGCAAACGUGCCAGGAAGAUCGUCCUUUAAUUGUACAGUUUUGUGGAAAUAAUCCUGAUAUAAUGGCUGCUGCUGCAAAAUUAGCUGAACAACAUUGUGAUGCCAUUGAUAUUAAUAUUGGAUGUCCACAGUCAAUUGCUAAGAGGGGUAAAUAUGGUUCCUACCUUCAAGAUGAUUGGGAACUUCUACAAAAAAUUGUUUCAACAAUGUCUAAAACUGUUUCAAUACCAAUAACUUGCAAAAUAAGAAUUUUUGAAGACAUAGAAAAAUCUGUAAAAUAUGCACUUAUGUUACAAGAAGCAGGUUGCAAACUCUUGACUGUUCAUGGAAGAACACGGGAACAAAAGGGACCCCUCACUGGGGUAGCUAGUUGGAAACACAUAAAAGCAAUUAGGGAAGCAGUGUCAAUACCUAUAUUUGCAAAUGGUAACAUUCAAUGUCUCGAGGAUGUUUAUAGGUGUUUAGAAUGUACAAAAGUUGAUGGUAUAAUGAGUGCAGAAGGCAUACUAACAAACCCAGCUCUCUUUGAAGGAAUUAAUCCACUGACAUGGCAGAUGGCACAAGAGUAUCUUGAUCUUGUAGAGAAAUUCCCUUGUCCAUCUUCAUACAUCAGAGGACAUUUAUUUAAAAUGUUCCAUAAACUCUUCAUGUUAGAAGACAAUAAUGAACUUAGGCAACUUCUAGCAACUGCACAAAAUAUUAAUGAUUUUAGACAAGUUUGCAUUACAAUCAAGGAGAAAUAUUUACAUUACCAUCAGGGGUUAAAACAUUUUGACAAUGAUGAAUUUAUAAUAAGAAUCAAUUUUAACUUGAUCUUGCCCCCCUGGAUAUGUCAACCUUAUGUAAGAAUGUCCCCAGAAGAGCAUACAAAGAAAAUGGAAAGGCAUAAUAAAGAACAGUUUAGGUUCAUUUGCUUUCAGGAUGAAAAUAUUCAUAAACGAAUUCAUGAGGACUCCGAUGGUAAUGCUAUAUCUAGAAAGAAAAUGAAAAAAUUAAGAAGAAUUAUGAGAAGACCAAUAAAGUCUGAAAAUCAGCCUGGUAGAAGUGGAGAAAUUUGUAUAAAUGAAAUGUGCCCCAAUCCACUUGGUAGUAAAUGUGUGUAUCAACUUUGCAAGAAGUGUUGUAAAAAUAAAUGUUAUGAAGAAAAUUUGGACUGUGAAGGUCAUAGGAUACUUGUAUAUACGAAACGUGAAAUGGCAAGAAAGAGAGUUUCUGAAAAUGACGACAAGACAUAGAAAAUCAAAUUUGUUUAUGUAUUUAUAUAUUUUAUAUUUUAAAAUUAUAAUAUAUAUGAUGAACCCAGAAAGUUAUGUUCUAUGUUAUGUGAAUAUAGAGAACUUUGGCGCUC